CUUCAAACCGCACUUUCUGCACUUCACUAUCCAUCCUAUAUGCCCUUAUACCCUUAAAACUUAACAUCUUGAAUGGAUCAUCAAAACCAAUGGUUAUUUGGAAGCCAAAACGGAGAAAGCAGCAGCUCUGCUACUCGUCAAGGCAUAAAUACCGCUUAUACCAACUAUGAGGCUGCCGAAAUAGGACAACGGCAAUUACUUCCUGAAACAUCUUCAGCUCUACAAAAGAGAAAGGCUCCGGAACACCUGAUAGGGCGGGCAGCUAAACAGACUGCUCAUAACCAGUCCAUGACGACUGCAACAGAUGUCGUUGCGCACCAACAGCGGGAACGAGACUAUGCUCUUGCAAACGCAUUGGCUGAAAGAGAAGACGAACUACUGUCUGUGGUGGAUCGGCAAGAUAUUCUUGCUGUAUCGACGAGAAAACGUUACCAACGAUACCAGGCACAUUGGAUGGCUUGGUGUAGACGUAAGAGAUAUAAUGACGACAUGAAAGUUACGUAUGGAAAGUUCCUAACCUACGUACGGGAGCUGGUAGCUGAUGAAAUAGUUCAACAUGAGGACGACUACCACAGCAUCAGGCCAAUAUGUAUUAAUGCGACGGCGGAUUAUGAGGGCGACCUCCCUUCACCUGAAACCAUUGAUGCAUAUGUGAAGGCUGUUGUUGAUCUCUAUGAGCAACAAAAGUCUAUGGCUGGCCGAUCUAUCGCACAAGAGAAAACUUCUCUGCGCACCUGCGGUUUCUAUUUACAACAAGGAGUUACCACGCGAAUAGGACUUCGGCAAGGGUGUGCUUCGGUCAUUUACUGGUUCGCGGUGCAGGGUCCUCCUUUAGAUCGGAAUGUGUUGACACAAAGGGAGUUGUUUGGCUAA